CUCUCUCUGACAUUCUCCUCUCUCUCUCUCUCUGCCAUUCUCGUCUCUCUCUGCCACUCUCUCUCUCUCUCUCUCUCUCUCUACAAUUCUACUACAAUGGCUGAUACAGCUAAGUACGUAACAGAGCUGAAGAGCCUUCUUUCCAUUCUCCGAGGCCGAAGAACAAUGGUAUUCGCAUACGGCUUCAUGUUCGCAUUCAUCGCCUGCAGCAUCUUCCUCAUCUUCAAUCCCAACGAUGGUUCUUCGCCGCCUUGGGUCAAUCGCAUUUUCACAAAUUCAACUUCAAAUUCGACUUCUUACAAAUCCCAAUUCUCUUCAAUCUACUCUUACUUCUUCCCCAACAACCUGACUUCCAUAGUAGAGAAUUCAAAUUCCAGUAAAGAGAACCGAAGUCCGGAGACUCAAGUUUCAAAUCCUGCCGCCGACGAGAAUUGUGAUUUCUUCAAUGGGAGAUGGGUGAAGGACGAAUCAUAUCCGUUGUAUCCAGAAGGAUCUUGUUUGAUCGAUGAGCAGUACAAUUGCUUUCUUAAUGGUCGGCCCGACCGAGAUUAUCAGAAACUCCGUUGGCAGCCAAACGGCUGCAAUAUCCCCAGGUUGAAUGGAACGGAUAUGUUAGAGAGAUUGCGAGGGAAACGGUUAGUUUUCAUCGGCGAUUCCCUCAACAGAAACAUGUGGGAGUCCCUAAUUUGCAUUCUAAAGAAUUCAUUGAAAGAUAAAAGCCGGGUUUUUGAGGCGUCUGGGAAACAUGAAUUCAAAUCAAAAGGAUUCUUUUCUUUCAUAUUUAAAGAUUAUAAUUGCUCAGUGGAGUUCUUCUGGUCGCCGUUCCUCGUUCAAGAAUGGGAAUUCACGGAGCCGAAUGGAACGGCGAGGGAGACGCUUCGAUUGGAUUUGAUUGAGGGAUCGUCUCCAGAAUACAAGAAUGCAGAUCUUGUUGUCUUCAAUACAGGACACUGGUGGACUCAUGAGAAGACUGCUAAGGGGAAGGAUUACUAUCAAGAAGGCAGCCAUGUCUAUAGUGAGCUGAAUGUUGACGAAGCAUUUCGGAAGGCUCUUACGACGUGGGCGAGAUGGGUCGACGCCAAUGUAAAUCCUAACAAGACCCUGGUCUUCUUCAGAGGCUACUCUGCUUCCCAUUUCAGCGGCGGUCAGUGGAAUUCUGGUGGGCAAUGCGACAAUGAAACAGAACCAAUCAAGAACGAUACAUACCUUGAACCAUACAUGGAGAAGAUGAUCGUCUUUGAAUCGGUGAUGAAGGGGAUGAGAAUACCAGUCAAAUACAUGAACAUCACCCGAAUGACCGAUUACCGGAAAGAUGGCCACCCUUCGAUCUACCGAAAGCAGAACAUGACAGAGGAGGAGCGUCGGGCGCCCGAGAGGUUCCAGGAUUGCAGCCAUUGGUGUUUGCCCGGCGUCCCAGACGCAUGGAAUGAGCUCAUCUACGCACACCUUGUAAUUAAACAAUGGCGGAAAUAGAUUAAAAACGUCUAAUUGGAAGCCAUCAAAUGGACAACUGAAUAUAAAAUGUUCAACAGUCCAAAGAUAAUGGGAGGGAAAUCAGACGCUAGGAUCGUCCGGUCGAUAUGAUUUUUGGGCUAUUCUCCAUGUGGGGCCCAUAUUUACAAGGUCACCACCAUUUUUUUUUUUUCCUUGAGAAGCUGAGAUUAGCUUAGGAGAGGUUCCAUGUAGAAGUGUUUGUGCUAUAUCAUAAUGAGAAAAGUGAGAGAGGGAAGAGGGAAUGGAGUAGUUCUUGGACUAGUGAAGUGAAAUCAGUCCCCCAGCUGGGCCAUGUGAAUCAAUGCAAGGUCCACUUUAAGAGGUAGGCCCCACCAUGAAUUAACCCAUGGACAGUCCUCAUUUCAUGUAAAUUUUCUUGUAGCAUUCAGAAAAAAAUGGGCUUGAAUGUAAACCAUGGACCAUUUGAAUGGAUAAGAUGGUUUGUGGGAUUGCUAAUUUCCAAUUCACAGUGGGACCCACCUCUUGAAUGGUUUUGAUCAUCCAUGGCCUAACUAGGGAACUAAGGAUUCACUUUAAAUUGGUUUGUUUUGUAUGUGGGGGAAGAGAAAGGAAAGGAUAUUGAUCUUGCUUGUAUAAGGGCAUGAUCUGGACCAUCAUAGCCAUAGAUUCUUUGGGCCACAAGGGCUGUACAUUGUAAACCUCUUUUGUAUUAGUUUACUGAGAAAUAAUGGUGUUUCAGCCUUUAUAAAGGAGUGUGUUUGUUUUGC